AUGGUUGCUGAAGGAUUAGGUAAAAUAGAUCAACAAUACGAUGGUUCAUCUCUUCGGGUCGCUAUUGUUCACGCUCGUUGGAACGCCGAAAUUAUCGACUCACUUGUCGCAGGUGCUGUAGCGUCUCUUCGCCGCUUUGGAGUGUCCCAAGAAAAUAUCAUCAUUGAAACCAUUCCUGGCUCAUUUGAACUUCCAUAUGCCACAAAGCGUAUGGUAGAAAUCCAAAAAGAGAACAACACCCCAGUGGACGCCAUCAUCUCCAUCGGAGUGCUCAUCAAGGGUUCCACCGCCCAUUUUGAAUACAUUGCUGAUUCGACCACCCACGAAUUAAUGGGGUUGCAAAAACAUUUGGACACCCCGGUCAUCUUUGGGGUGUUGACUUGUUUCACCUUGGAACAAGCCGAGCAGAGGGCUGGUAUUAGUGCUGGGUCGCACAACCAUGGUGAAGACUGGGGUGCUGCUGCCGUUGAAAUGGCCGUCAAGUUUGGGAAGAAGCACUAA